GUGUGACUCCUGGUGCCUGAGAAAAUACUGGUUUAGUAUGAAAGCUCCGGCUUGUGAAAUCAAAAUUGUGGCUGUGCACGAGAAAUUCUGGCCAGGUGGCAACCCUAGCUGUGACUGAUCUUUAGAGUAUCUUUGCAGUCACUGACUUUAUCCUGUACUUAAUGAUAUAUCUGAUCACAUCAUACUCAGCGCUACCUUAUUUCCCACACCACUUAGCCAUCCCCUCCCCAUGAAGACAGAGUCCGGUAGGAGGGGUUAGAAGGAGGCGCUUUCCGCAGCCCCUGCACCGGGCAACCGGUGAUGGAGAAUAACCUUGUGUCCGGAGCAGCCCGGUGAUGGAGCUACCCGGAUGGCCCAGGACAGUACAAGCAGUGGGGGGACCCCCGGGGGGAGCGGAGAGCUGUCCAUAGAAGAGGUGCUGAAAUCAUACGAGCAACCCAUCAAUGAGGAGCAGGCGUGGGCCGUGUGUUAUCAAUGUUCCCGGGGACUAGCAGGAAAUCCCCGGGCAGUGGAGGGUAGGAUCCGGGAUCCCUCCUCCCUGAUACUGCACAGGGAUGGGAUGGUCACUGUUUUACCGGAACCUCGGGACACCCCAGGAAAUGCUCUAAGUUCCCCUCUGCCGUCAAUAACUGAAACACAGAUGGUUCAAUGUCUGGGCUUUGCCAUUUACCGUGCCCUGGACUGGGGCCUAGAUGAAAGUGAGGAACGGGAACUCAGUCCUCAGCUGGAGCAGCUGAUAGACCUUAUGGUUCACAGUGACUCAGAUGGGGUCUUAACUGAUGAAGGCUACGAGGAUGAAGAUGAAGAAGGACCUCCACGAGUGGUGCGCAGUUUCUCAGCAGUAUUGCGACUUUGUGCAUUUCGUCUUCCUGAGCCUUCUGAAGCACCAUUACAUUAUCAGGCUGUCUGUAGAGCCCUCUUUGCAGAGACAGUUGAGCUCAGAGCUUUCUUGUGCAAGAUCCGUGAGGCCAAAGAGAUACUGGUGAAGCUACGGGUGGAAGAAAGAGAGCCAGAUGGAUUGGUGAACUUGGAGAAUACAGAUUGGGCCCGUCUGUGGGUGCAGCUGAUGAGAGAUCUGCGGCAUGGUGUACAGCUGAAAAAGGUUCGGGAAAAAACAUUUAAUUCAUUGCCCACUGAAUACCAACUGACUCCAUUUGAGAUGCUCAUGCAGGACAUCAGAGCACGAAAUUAUAAGCUGCGUAAGGUUAUGGUCGGAGGAGACAUCCCUCCAAUGGUGAAGAAAGAUGCCCACGAAUUGAUCCUGGAUUUCAUAAGAUCACGGCCCCCACUAAAACCGGUCUCUAAAAGAAACUUGCCUCCAUUACCUAUCAGACAGAGAAGUCUUCAUGAGAAAAUACUGGAUGAAAUCAAACAAGAACCAAAACUACGCCGUGUGGAGACCCAGGGACGAGGGCAAAAAGGAUUUGGCUCACUCCCCUGCAUUGUUGACGCUUGCUCCACUGACUUGAAGUCUACAUCUUGCAUAAACCUCUCACUUCCAGAGUCUGCAGGCCCCAGACCACGACCUCGCAUCCUUCUGAAGGCCCCUACAUUGGCAGAAAUGGAGGAGAUGAGCCUCUCUGAGGAAGAUGACUCUCCUAGUUCAGAAAUUCGGAGGGUGACAAGCGCCCCUCUGCCACUUAAACGGGACCGCUCCUUCUCAGAGCAAGACCUGGCUCAGUUGCAGAGUGAGAUGGGACACAUUCCACAGAGGGGACCUUCAGUAGUACAGCAAAACACAGAAGGCAGAGCACGGUCAUGCAGUGUAACUGGGAACCCCAGGGCUGUGAACAAGUCACUGACGUCUUGUCCAUCUCAGGGCAGCUCCAGUGCACCCUCCUCAUCUCACAGGUCUCUUGGACCUGUACCGGAAAAGAAGGAACCUGACUCCCCCUCAGAGGGAAGCUCAAAGCACCGUUGGCUGGAGUUCAGUCAUCCCGUGGACACGCUGGCCUUGACGGUGGAGGAGGUAAUGAACGUGCGCAGGGUGCUCGUGAAGGCAGAGAUGGAAAAAUUCUUACCAAGCAAAGAGCUGUAUACCAACAUAAAGAAAGGGAAGGUUUGUUGUUGCUGCAGAGUGAAAUUCCCAUUAUUCUCCUGGCCAGCUAGUUGUCUCUUCUGCAAAAGGUCUGUCUGUGGGUCUUGUAAUAUAAAGAUGAAGCUUCCUGCCAAGAAGUUGGGGCACAUUCCAGUUUACACUUUAGGGUUCGAAACCCCUCAAGGAGUAAUCAGCACAAGUGGGAACCACAACAGGAAGAGGGACAUUUUGCAGUCCCGUGGAGGGAUGUCAUGGAAAAACGUUGAGGGACAGUUCCCCCAUAUUUAUGCUCAAGGUUCAUCAAUGAAAGAUGUUUGUACUGACUGUGCUGGUUUCAUCACAGAUGUGGUCUGCUCAAGCCGAAAGAGUGUGGACAUUUUAAACACAGGGAGCACACGGGCUCCAGGCCGAUCGAAUAAGAAAGUGUAAACACUCACCCUGUCAGCCCCAUCUCUGCACCGGCUGUUACUCGGCCUCUGCUCUGCUAACUGCUUAAAGCAGUAACCCAAAUAAUAAUAGAGGCAACUUCAAACAUUGCUUUGUGUUAAUUCUAUAUUUAUCAUUUCGCUGUCUGACACUAUAUGAAUUGAUACCUUUAUAGUGAGUGAAGUUCAUGCAGGAGAAGCUGUUAGUUUAAAGCACUGGUCUCUGAAGUGGCAAUAUCACUGUAUCUACAUAUUUACAUAAAGGUCAUGGCAGAACAGGGGUAAUUUAGUAUCACUAGACACUAGCUCCCUAGUGAAACUCCGUAACCAUUCCCGCCAUGGUAUAACCUAUUUUACUCCAGCUUUUAAUUGGCCUUUUCUGUAGUAUGAAUACACAUACCUGCAUAAUUGUGUGACUAUAUGUAUAUUUAUAUUUGUACAUAAUCUGAUCCUAACAAUAUGGAAAUACUUUCAUGUUUAAAACACAGAGGAUCUCAGCUGGAUCACUGGAUCCCUUCAACCAAUGAACUAAGCUUGUGGCAAUCUAUUACUGUUUAGUUAGCCAAGAUCCAAGAGCUGGCUCGGUGGAUUUUGGCAGCUAGAGUUAAAAUGAUUAUAAGGUCACAGACUUGUCUUGAAGAUAAACAUUAAUGAUGGAAUCAACAAAAGAUCUCAGGUGGACCAUUUACCCCAUUAAUGCUGCAGGGGACAUGGUGCACUACUGUGUGGACAAGACAAAUGGAGGGACUACAGUGUCCUGGGCAUAACAGUGAACUUAAAUGCGUGGGCACAAGCCAGUGGCACUGGCAUGAAUGGAUCACACUCAAUAAACUGACAAACAUUAUAGAUAAAUGCUGCACUAACCUUAUGACCCAAAGCUCUGCAUGUGACCUUUACAAUUUAUUUGCACUAGAGAAUCUGCACUUCCAUGCUGAGUUAGUAAGCCAAAUGUAUUUCCUUUCUUGAUUAACCAACUUGUAUCCUCCCUUAGUGCAUUGCUGUUAUUGAGAUGCAUUGUACCCAGGCGUAAAUAAAAACAAUUGCCAGCUCUGAUAUAUACCCCCUUUAGGAGAGGAGGGUAACGCAGUCUGUUGCAGGACAAAACAUUGCAGACCCCUUCAAUCCUAUGUGGCUGAAUACCUAUUUUUUUAAGAAAAUAAUUAAAAAAGAAUACCAAAAAUACAAAAGACUGAAUGAGCGAAUCUAUUGUAUGUAAAUAUAGAUAACAGCAUCCUUGAAGCAGCACUCUUACCAAACCUGAACUAUCUCACUACAGUAAAGGUUGUUUUUUUUAUA